AUGGAGUGCUUUGAGAACAAGCUAUCGCCUUGCUUUGAACGCUCGACGUCGAGGGAGUCGGUCCUUGAGAAAGAUAAACCGAGUCCGCUACGAAUCAUCAAAAAAAGUCGGCAUUAUAGCCGACAACGAACUUUCAAAAACAACAGUGCAGAUACGGGUGUAGAUGAUAGCCCUCAUGGGUCGUGGGAAGAUGGCGAGCCGCCAAGAGUCUUGAAGCUUCCGAGACGGCGGCCUAAAAUUGUGUCUAAGACGAGGGCCGGCCAUGCGAGCGAGGAAUCAACUGAUGGAGACCGCAUCUCGUCGACAUGUACGCUCCCCAUAGAACACAGUGAUAUAUGGCUCGAUGAUGUAUCCCGAGCCAGCUCUAGAUGUACCUAUCAUGAGCAGAGAAACUCCCAAGGCCUGGCUGAGUUACCCUUUUUAUCAAAACCUCUGCUAGCAGAGGAGACUGUACUUGUUUUAUCUCCGCAUAUUAAUGUGAUACCAGAGACGAUGAGCAUGCACGAAGGUCAACAGCAUCUCUGGGCUGCGAUCGAGGUAUGCGGCAGACUAUUCCCAGCCUAUACCAGGCCUGAGAAUGAUAGAGUUCCUUGUCCAAACAAAGACACAUUUUUAAAAUUCGGCUGUCUCUAUGACCUCACUAUAGACGUGUUACCAACAACGCAAUCAUCAAUUGUUCAAACGAGAUGUCGGCAAGCUUUCCCAGCCACCAUGUUUGUCGGAUCAAGCGUUCUUCUCCUCGUCCAAGUCGUACUCCAGCCUAAGACAGCAUUGCCGUCUCCAAGGCAGCACAAACACUCCAGACAAACCUCAGAAGAAUUGAUGGAGGAUCUCCAGCUGCAACUAGGAGACUCUAUCAUGGAGUAUAUGAGCAUUCAUGUGUCCUACUCACACUCCGCGUUCCCUCUCCAACGUGCUGCGACGGGGGCGACUGAGGUAUUUACAUUGCAGACCAGGUUAGUAACAAAAGCAGAGGCAACUAUCAAGCUGCAUAAUGUCCUUUCUCCGUGGUCUCCUCACCCGAUACCGACCAGAGAUCGCCUAUUCUCUGUGAUUGAGAGCCAUUGGGGACCCCAAAAAGCAUCUGAAAUAAUGCAACAGAUCGUAGCCCAACAUCCUAUCCCAGCUCCAAAGCUUAAAAAAAUACGAUCAAAGGGGCAUGAGCAGAAACUAUCAGAAAAGCAUCUGAAUUACUCUGAUCUACCAACCAUUCCUCUGAGGUACAUGAGCUUACAAGAGGAGCGGCCAACGGUACUGAAAUCGAGUCCGUCACUGCAUUCGGUACGGGAAAACAGAGUCUCGUAUGACUCAGGAAUUGGAAUGAAAGGGGCAUCCGGCAGAGAAGUUUCUGAAGCUAGAAAAUGCAGCAAAGAGGAAAACGACAUUUCUUUACGUGGAAGAUGGUCCGUUUCACCUGAUGCUACUCUCAGAGUUUUGACGCCAGCCCUGAGGAACAACAGCCGCAGUCACCACAAUGAAGUUGAAGAUUAUAAGAGCAAUAUGGGCAAAAAUAAGAAACACGGAAUUGCGGGAGAUGUUAAGGGAAAGAAAGAUUCUGGUAUUUGGGCGUGGGCAACAUGGUUUUAG